GAGCUUCUUCUACGCAGCCAUACCCCCGAAAAAGCGUUCGACUGCUGGUGCAGCAGCCAGCACGAAGAAACAGAAGGCCGAAGCCAGUGCAAAAGCUGCGGUAGCAAAGAAGGAUGCGCCGCUCAUGGAGGCACAGGAAGCAUUGCAGCAGGAGCCAGCUGCAGCUUCUAGAGUUCUCAAGAGACGCAACACGAACGAUGAAGUGGAAAGAAAGAUACAGAGCCAUUUCCCGGGCAUGACACCUACGCAAAUGGAGAACAACUCUGCUCGCACAGUCGAGCCUUUGACGAUGUAUCUGCAGAACACCAGAAGCCUCAACCAGAAAGAGCUCGUGGGCCUCUUCAAGGCCAUCUCGGACACACAAGCAAUGGGAAAGGAGAACGCAGACAUCGCCAUGCGUGAGGGCUUGAAGUGCAUCUUGUGCAAUCAGCUCGACAAGACCUUUGCAGAAGAGUUGGCCUGCUGCCGCAACUUCGUCGAUUCCUGCCUCUGCCGACAGUUUUUGAGUUUGCGCAAGGCGGGUGUCAAGCCGCAGACGUGGUUGGACUCCAACUGGUCGCUCGCCCGGCUUCUGAUGGAGGAAGCAGAUCUCCAAGCAGUCAAGCACAGUGCUGGUAACUGGAAAGCUGUUGCUACACACGUGGCACGGCUCACAGCGUCGUCCUCUUUGGGACAAGCCUUGUUCGGAUAUGCCGAGCAGCUCGUCAGUUCGGUUAUCUUCGAAGACAAAGUUGAGAAGGACGUUGCCGACUUGCUCACUGCGGACGUCACUGCAGACAAGGUGCGCGAUGUUAGGGUUGCUUGCGAGGCCUACACAGGUGAUCUCAAGCGGAUUGCAAGCUUGAAAGGCUUGAAGCGACACGUGGCCAUCAAUUUCCUGCAGCAGUCUGUGACUGUCACCAUCAUGGAUUUUUCUUUGGAGGUGCAUCUGCGACUGUCUGCAGCUUUGAAAGGGCUGGCGAUCCAGCAGGGGCAGCUCCAGAGGUUGCCGUACGAGGACUGGCUGCUACCGGCAGCGCUGGAGCCGAAGAUCCGGAUCCAGGAAGAGUUGCUGCAAGACGCAGCUGCUUGUCGCAAGCUGGCGGUUGAGAUGUUGCAAAGCGAAAGUGUCAACUCGCUUCAGGACAUGGCAAAGAUUCUCGAGAAAAAUUCUCAAGCUCUCUGCAGUCUCGAUUCCUCUUUCAAGCUGGAGUUGGCUUUCCUCAGCACUUCUGCAGAUGAUCUCUUGAAGGCAACGGUGACUCGGAAGCUGCUGGAGACGCUGCCCAGCGAGAGCAG